AUGUAUCUCCCUUGGCUAGCAACCGCCUCGGCAGCUCUCUCCUUCUCAGUCCAUGCAUUGUACCCGCUCAAUGAGCUGGCUAAAACGCCUCAAAUGGGAUGGAAUAAUUGGAAUUCAUUUGGAUGUGACGUGGACGAAGAAUUGCUGAUCUCGGCAACUGAGAAAAUCAUUCAGUACGGGCUAAGAGAUGCUGGCUAUCAAUAUAUUGUCCUCGACGACUGCUGGUCAAACGGCAGAAGCUCCAAUGGUACCCUCCAAGCCAACACCACAAGAUUUCCUAGCGGCAUGGCGGAGGUUGCAGAUCGUAUACACAAUGAAGGAUUCAAGUUCGGGAUGUACAGUUCUGCCGGCACCUAUACCUGUGCACGCUACGCUGGCUCCUUGAAUUAUGAGCACCAAGACGCCCAGACCUUCGCCGGCUGGGGUGUCGACUAUCUCAAAUACGACAACUGCUACAACGAAGGUCAGAGUGGCAAUCCACUCAUUACAUACGACCGCUACAAGAAAAUGUCGGACGCCCUCAACUCUACCGGUCGGCAAAUCUUGUAUUCGAUGUGCAACUGGGGCGAAGACUACCCCUGGAAAUGGGCCCAGACUGUUGCUAAUAGCUGGCGAAUGAGCGGCGACAUCUACGACAGUUUCAACCGCCCUGACGCUCGCUGCCCCUGCACUGGGAACGAAGAAUACAACUGCGCCCUCCCUGGCUUUCACUGUUCAGCCAUGAAUAUCCUCAACAAGGUCAGUCAUUACAUUGACAAGGGUGUCCCGCACGCAUGGAAUGACCUGGAUGCUCUCGAAGUCGGCAAUGGUGGCAUGACCGACGACGAAUACAAAACCCACUUCACUAUGUGGGCGGCAGUCAAAUCUGCGCUAUUGAUGGGAAACGAUAUGGGCAGACUCUCGGCACGAGAUCUCUCCAUCCUCAACAAUCCUGCCAUCAUAGCGCUGAAUCAGGACCCGAGAGGUACCUCCGCCGUGCGCGUCUGGCGAUACGAUGUUGAUGACGUCGACAGAUAUGGGCAGGGCGAGAUCCAGAUGUGGAGCGGCCAACUAUCUGGUGGUGACUAUUUUGUCGCACUCCUCAAUGCCGGCAACAGCUCGCGGGAGAUGAACGCAAUGGCCGAUGAUAUCUUCUACGACGACGGCGAGGAAGGGACAAGCGAGGAGUCAACUAUGGAAUGGACAAUCCACGACCUUUGGGCAAAUCGCAUGCCGGAGGAUGUGGCUCAGGCACUCAUUGAUGGCAACUCGACACAGGCGUCGAGUCUCAAUGUCACAUCGUAUUACUUUAAUGCAACUGAGACGAGCUAUGAGGACGGAUUGGCAAGUAACAACACAUUGUUGCUGGGGCAGCCGGUAGGGACAUUAAGUGCGAAGGUAAUGAUCACGGCGGAGGUUCCUCGACAUGGCAUUAUGGCUUAUCGACUGCGGCUGGCAGGUUGGGGUCUGAGAAAGAGGGACGAAUUGUGA